AGCGGCGGUGAAAGAGAAGUAGAAAUAGCAAACAAACGCGCAGAAGUCCGGCAACCGUGAGUUCGGCACUAACCUAAUCCCCAAUUAUGGAGGACGGGGGUGGCGGAGGGUUCCGAUCAAGCAAGAAGGACAAAGACGGCGAAGUCGACUACAAGACCAAGGCCGGAACGGCGUGGUCCCAUUCCUUCCUCAACCAGAAGCCGUGGCACCCGCUCUCCUACCCUAACCAGCGCCGCAAAUGGAUCGCCGAGCAAACUCACUCGCAGAAUCAGCGCCGCGCCGAGGAGGUCGCGCGCGAGUAUGCACAACAGCAGGAUUUUCUUCGGCAGACUGCGCUUCUUUCACAUAAGGAGAAAGAAAAGUUGGAAAUGAUGCAAGCUGUAAGCUUUUUAUAUGUAAAACCUCCUGGUUACAAUGCGGAAAGUGCUAAAGCUGCUGAGAUUGCUGAUGAGAAAAGGAAGCUAGAGCAAUCUCUUGAAGAGGCCUCGUCUUCCAUGAAGAUGGAAAAUGAACCUUCUGCAGGGGAGAAAAAGAAACCAGUGCCAAAAGAUGUUUUUGGUCGUAAAUUACCUACUGAAGAACAAUUUGAGGUCCUCAAAAAUGCUCCAAAGUUAGAUACUGGGGUAGCUGGCCGGGCAAAACCAUUUGGAGUUGAAAUUCGCAAUGUGAAAUGUCUUAGAUGUGGGAACUAUGGCCAUCAAAGUGGUGAUCGUGAAUGUCCAUUAAAGGAUGCAAUAAUGCCUAAUGAGGAAAGUAGAUUAAAACGGGAUGACCCUUUAACAGCCAUUCUGGCUCAAACUGAUGCUGGUGAGCCUUUAAAAUGGGAGCUGAAGCAGCAGCCCGGAAUGAGCCCUCCUCGUGGAGGUUUCAAUCCCGAUGAUCCCAAUCAGCAGAUAGUUUCCGAGGACAUAUUUGAUGAGUACGGAGGAUUUCUAAGUGAAGUCAACAUACCAGAGUUGCUAACCAACUUCUCUACAACCAAGACUAAGAAGAAGAAGAAAAAGAAGUCAGACAAGAGCAAGAAUACGAACACUAGACAGUCUCCUUCACCAGAUGAAAAAACAAGACACAAUGAAGGUAGUGAAUCAUCAUCUGGAGAUGAGAGGAGGGAAAAAGUAAAGAGAAGUCAUAAGAGGAAGGAGGAGGAAGAAAUACGGGAUGGUGAAGGGAGGACAUCAUCAUUUGUCGACGAGAGGAGGGGAAGAGUAAAGAAAAGACAUGAGAGGAAGAAGAAGAAGCUAGAGCAAUCCGAGUCAAGUCCAUCCGAAAGCUCAGAUAGCAAUAGGCGUCGGAGAAGGGGAACCAGACACAAGCAUCGGCAUUCAAGCUCCUCCGAGGCAUCUGACUCUGAUGAUCGGGGACGUAGACGCCAUCACCAUCGGCACAGUCGGCAUAGUCAUCGGCAUCAACGCUGACACCAUUCCGUUUCUGAAUCAGAUUGGCCAAAUUUCCUACGCUGAAUAUAGCGGUGAAAUGGAUGUGUCAACAGAUGCUGCAGAAGUAAAGCAAUUGAAAAAUGUUGAGAUUGUGUAGUCUGAACAGAGAGGCAUUAGCUUUAUUUACCCGCAUAUAUUUCAUUGGAAUCCAUUUCAACUGGUAUUACAAUUUUGGACUUCUAUAAAAUAAACUGCAAUUGAUA